AUGGGCUAUGUCGACGGCACUUCUCGUUGUCCCCCUUGCUUCAAAACUGAUGCUGCCGGUCAACCCACAGAUGAAAUCAACCCUGCAUAUGAUCUUUGGAUGGCCCAAGAUCAGAUGGUGCUUGGAUGGAUUAACAACUCGCUCACCCCAGCAGUGCUUGCUACUGUUGCUCGUUCUACUACAUCUUUCUUCACCUGGUCUUCCUUGGCCAAGCGGUUUGCUUCUCAGUCCCAGAAUCGAAUUUUGCAGCUUCGAGGUGAUCUUCUUCGUACUAUGAGGGGUAAUAUGAGUAUUUCAGAUUUUUUGGAUAAAAUCAACUCUAUUGCCGAUAACCUAGCUCUUGCUGGCAGUCCAAUGAAUGAUAAUGAUUUGGUCUCAAUAAUUAUGAAUAAUGUUGGUCCACUGUACGAGACUACUGUUAGUUCUGCUCAGGCUAGGGAUACCCCCAUCACAUAUGACUCUCUUGAGGCCCUCUUACUUUCUGCUGAGCGUAGACUCCAAGAUCAACAACAAGCUGCUCUUGAUGUCAGCUCCAUGACCACUGCUUUCCAUAGCCUAAUAAAUAUCCUUUUACGGCGCACAAAAGCAGGCUGA